GAGUGGAAAACGUAUUAAAACCGCUGGUUCGUAAGGAAAGUAGUAGGGGAAGGAUAGAACCUUUUCCUUUGCUUGUCCCCAACGACUGCCCUAACCACAAAGCAGAGGCCAUCUCGCGUCUUCACUUUGCCCCUACAACUCUCCUUACAAAGUUACCAAAGUGAAAGGAGGUCAUAUUCAUGACCACAAUGGCGGAUGAAGAGUCAAAGCCACUUGCUUUCGUUCCAGAAACUGUGCUGAAGAAGAGGAAGCAAAGCAGCGAAUGGGCCAUAAGAAAGAGGGCACAAUUGGAAUCUCGGAAACAAAGAACGAAGGAGAAUCGUGCCCUUGUCUUCAAAAAGGCUGAAAAUUUCAUCCAGGAACACAGAAACAAGGAGCUGGAUCUGAUUCGUAUGAAACGGGUGACGAAAAAGUUGCGAAGGUCAUUUUCUGUCAACCCAGAUGCUCAACUGCUCUUUGUAAUCCGAAUCAGUGGCACCAAUGACAUGCAUCCCAAGACUAAAAAGAUCCUUUAUCUGUUGAAGCUGAGUAAUAUCUUUGAUGGGGUCUUCAUCAAGGUGAACGAUGCCAUGAUGAAAAUGUUAAAGAUGGUUGAGCCCUACAUCACAUAUGGAUAUCCUAACAUGAAAAGUGUGCAAGAACUGGUUUACAAGAAAGGUUUUGGGAGAGUUCGCAAGGAGAAGGUCCCUCUCACCGAUAACGUCAUCAUUGAAAAGUCAGUGUUCAUGCAUUCGCUUGUUAGUAGGAGCAUAUUGGGUACAAAAGCUCUGGCCCGAGACCCUGUGCAAAGGGGUUUGGAUGUGAGGCUUUUGUGCCCCCAUCAUGUUCCGCUUCUUUUAUGAACAUGAGAUGACCGCUAGUAAACUAAUACCAUGCAAAAUUAAAUGGAAAGAAAGAAAGCAUGUGUAAUAAUCAUCCGAGUAAGGGGCAGUGGAAAUGGUGGGCAGCCCUUAUGUUCCAUCAUCGAAGUAGUAGCCAAUGUUGCCCACCUGUCCGUCAAUUCAACUAUCGGCUAAGGUCCUGCCCAUGAGUCAUGGGUAUUAGAUUAUGCGCCCUAGUCAUGGGUGGUAGAUCAAACUCUGCAUGAUGCUUGCGUUUGCGUGCAUGCGUGAAUUUGGGUCUUGGAUUCCCAACAUGUUGAGGUUUACCGAUUUGUAUUCAAUAUAAUUUCUACUUGAGAAAAGUUCAUCCAAAUUAUGAUGGCCAUUGCUAAUUAUUGUUGUUAUUAUCGUUAAGGGAUUGUAUGCCAUGAGACCAUGUAUUUUGGUACAAGAAGGUUACAAUUAUCCUUGACCAUCGGAUGUGAAAUUUGAUGGUUCAAAGUGUCAUGUGGUUCAAGAAAUUUUAUUUUGGAUCUCUUGCCUAGUGAAGAAUACAUCCCUAACCACGCGAUUUCAUAUCUAAUGGUAGAUAAUCAUUAUAACUUCCUUGUGCCAAAGCUAAAUAAUGUCACUGUAUACAUAUAUAU